AUGGCCGCAGCUGAACACACGGACGGCGACGACUUGGCGCAGCGCCGAAGCAACGAACAGCACCAGGACCAGCACCAGCAGUACGGCUACGACAGGCCGCCCAUGGGGUCAUCGUCCAGCGAUCGAGGCGGCGACGACCUAUCGUGGAAGAAGGGCGGCCACGUACGGCUCGGGAGCACCGACCCGGCGCUGAGCCCCACGAAGAGCGACGACACCACCACCAUCAUGAUGAAGCCCGACUCGGUGCGCGAUGUCGAGCUCGACGACCGCACCGGCGCCGGUGCCCGCACGCGAUCCGCAGACGACUACCCACACUUCGGUGUCGAUGCGCUCAUCCACGAGGGACGGCCCCGUGCAGACGGCACCGGUGUCACAUAUAAAGUCUAUAAGCGACGGUGGUUUGGUCUCGUGCAGCUCACGUUGCUGAAUAUCAUUGUCAGCUGGGAUUGGUUGACAUUUGCGCCUGUUGCGUCGAGCUCUGCCGAGUAUUUCAACACGAGCGAGUCCAUUGUGAACUGGCUGAGCACAGCCUUCAUGUUCUCAUUUUGCGCCGCCACUCCAGUAGUCAUCUACGUGCUCCAUUGGGGUCCUCGCCCGUCAAUUGUGACCGCGGCAGUUCUCGUUCUCAUCGGUAAUUGGGUCCGGUAUGGAGGUACUCGUGGGGGCACGAACGGUACCUAUGGCGUGGUCAUGUUCGGCCAGAUCUUGACGGGGCUGGCGCAACCGUUCGUGCUGGCUGCCCCGACGCGAUACUCUGAUCUGUGGUUCACAAACCGCGGGCGUGUGGCCGCUACGGCUCUUAUGAGUCUUGCCAACCCCUUUGGCGCAGCUCUUGGCCAGUUGAUUGUCCCCUUCUGGGUAACCAAGGCCAGUGAGGUUCCCAAUGGCGUCCUCUAUGUUUCCAUCAUUUCCUCUAUCUGCGCUAUCCCCUCAUUUUUUAUCCCAGCAAAACCACCAACCCCAGCCGCCCCUUCCAGCGAGACGCCAAAGAUGAGCCUCCAUGCUUCAGUCAAGGUGCUCACAGGCUCCCUCGAGUUCUGGCUCAUCUUCAUCCCUUUUGCCGUAUACGUCGGCUUCUUCAACUCCAUCACCUCUCUCCUUAACCAAUUUAUGGAGCCUUACGGCUUCAAUGACACCGACUCCGGUAUCGCAGGUGCGCUCUUGAUCGUUGUCGGCCUCGUGGCCUCAGCCAUCACAUCACCCAUCCUCGACCGCACCAAAGCAUUCUUGCUCGCAAUCAAGAUCGCCGUGCCCAUCAUCGCUAUCACCUAUCUCAUCUUCAUCUGGAUGCCAGGGACCCGCGACAUCGCAGGCCCCUACGUAGUGCUCUCCAUUCUCGGCGCUGCCUCAUUCGCUCUCGUCCCCGUGGCCGUCGAGUACCUCGUCGAGCUGACCCAUCCCGUCAGUCCUGAGGUGACCUCCACGCUGGGCUGGGGCGGCGGACAGCUCCUCGGCGGCAUCUUCAUCGUCGUCUCAGACGCCCUGCGCUCCGGGGAGGAUGCGAACCCGCCCAAGAACAUGCACAAGGCGCUCAUCUUCCAGGCCGUCGUCGCCCUGGCCAUCAUGCCGUUGCCGAUGUUCCUCGGCUUGUUUGGCAGGAAAGACAAGGUCCGGCUCAGGAGAGUCCGGUCGGAUGACCUGGUCCUAGGGCCGGGGGCGGCAGCGGCAGCGUGA